CAGAUUUCGUUACAGACAACCAGAUAGACCAGUCAGUCUUACAUCGCUCGGGCGACCGAACGAUUUUGACUUGUAUCACUGUCGUUUCUCUUCUUUCUUUCUUUAUGUCUGUGGUUUUCUUCUCCAAAUCACAAAAUGGCUCUCCCCCUCUACAAAUCUAAAUGAACCAGAAAAGGACCACCACCACCACCAUCACCAUGUCCACUCUCAAGACUCUGAUUUUCACUACAACACUACUGAUACUAACACUGUCAUCAGUAGCUUUGUCAAGACCAGAAGCUAUUGAUUCUUUACUUAAACGUUUGGAUUCGAAGCGGGCAUCUUCAUCAGACCAAGAAUCAGCAGCCAAAGGUGUCUUGAAAAGAUUGCUUCCUUCCCAUAUACACAGCUUUUUGUUCAAGAUUGUAUCCAAGGAUGUUUGUGGGGGACACAGUUGCUUUUUGAUAAACAAUUACUACAAGGAAUCGAGCGGGAAUGGACCUGAGAUAAGUAUUAAAGGAACCACAGCAGUAGAGAUUGCAUCCGGCCUCCAUUGGUAUUUAAAGUACUGGUGUGGGGCUCAUGUUUCAUGGGACAAGACUGGUGGUGUUCAGAUAGCCUCGAUUCCAAAGCCAGGAUCACUUCCUCAUGUAAAGGAUAAGGGUGUAAUGAUCCAGCGACCAGUUCCAUGGAACUAUUACCAAAACGUCGUUACAUCCAGUUAUUCUUAUGUUUGGUGGAAUUGGGAAAGGUGGGAGAAAGAAUUAGAUUGGAUGGCUCUUCAGGGAAUUAAUCUGCCUUUGGCAUUCACUGGACAAGAAGCCAUUUGGCAAAAGGUUUUCAUGAAUCUUAAUAUUACCAAAGAAGAUUUGAAUGAUUUCUUUGGUGGACCUGCUUUCCUUGCAUGGGCUCGAAUGGGAAAUUUACAUGGUUGGGGUGGACCUUUGUCGCAAAAUUGGUUAGAUCAACAAUUGUGUCUGCAGAAACAGAUACUUUCUCGGAUGCUAGAGCUAGGCAUGACUCCAGUGCUGCCAUCAUUCUCUGGAAAUGUUCCAGCUGCUUUGAAGAAGAUUUUUCCUUCAGCAAAUAUAACGAGACUUGGAGACUGGAACACAGUGGAUAAAAAUCCUCGGUGGUGCUGCACUUACCUUCUUAAUCCUUCUGAUCCCUUGUUUGUUGAAAUUGGGGAGGCUUUUAUAAGACAACAGGUUAAGGAAUAUGGGGAUGUGACGGACAUCUACAACUGUGAUACUUUCAACGAGAAUUCCCCACCUACAAAUGAUCCAGCUUAUAUCUCUUCACUUGGUGCUGCUGUAUACAAAGCGAUGUCAAGAGGUGAUAAAGAUGCCGUGUGGUUAAUGCAAGGCUGGCUCUUCUACUCAGACUCUGCUUUCUGGAAGCCACCUCAAAUGCAGGCUCUUUUACAUUCUGUUCCAUUUGGAAAAAUGAUAGUUUUAGAUCUGUUUGCUGAAGCCAAACCGAUAUGGAAGAAUUCCUCACAAUUUUAUGGCACUCCUUAUGUUUGGUGUCUGUUGCAUAAUUUUGGGGGAAAUAUCGAAAUGUAUGGCAUAUUGGAUGCAAUAUCUUCAGGUCCAGUUGAUGCCCGCAUCAGUGAAAAUUCAACCAUGGUUGGUGUUGGCAUGUGCAUGGAAGGAAUAGAGCACAAUCCGGUUGUUUAUGAACUAAUGUCUGAAAUGGCAUUCCGCAGUGGAAAACCUCAAGUUUUGGAAUGGUUGAAGACCUAUUCCCGUAGACGAUAUGGUAAAGCAGUUCAUCAAGUUGUGGCAGCUUGGGAUAUUCUUUACCGCACAGUCUACAAUUGUACAGAUGGAAUUGCUGACCAUAACACAGACUUCAUUGUAAAGUUUCCUGACUGGGAUCCAUCGCUGAAUUCUGGAUCCAACAUAUCUCAACAAGACAAUAUGCGCAUUCUCCUCACAUCAUCUGGAACCAGAAGAUUUUUAUUCCAAGAGAAAAGUUCUGAUUUCCCUGAGGCACAUUUAUGGUAUUCUACACAGGAGGUGAUCCAUGCUUUAUGGCUAUUCCUUGAUGCUGGAAAUGAUCUUGCCGGGAGCCUCACAUAUAGGUAUGACCUGGUUGACUUAACACGACAAGUACUGUCAAAGCUAGCAAACCAAGUAUAUAGGGAUGCUAUGAUUGCUUUUCGAAGGAAAGAUGCUAGAGCUUUGAAUCUUCAUGGCCAGAAAUUUUUGCAGAUCAUAAAGGAUAUCGAUGUGCUUCUUGCUUCUGAUGAUAACUUUCUACUUGGAACAUGGCUUGAAAGUGCAAAAAAGCUGGCUGUUGAUCCAAACGAUAUGAAGCUGUAUGAAUGGAAUGCAAGAACACAAGUGACAAUGUGGUAUGAUACGACAAAAACCAACCAGAGCCAGCUUCAUGAUUAUGCUAACAAAUUUUGGAGCGGGCUACUAGAAGACUAUUAUCUUCCACGAGCUUCAACCUAUUUUGGUCAUUUGAUGAAAAGCUUGGAAGAAAAUAAAAACUUCAAGUUGACAGAGUGGAGAAAAGAAUGGAUAGCCUUCUCAAACAAAUGGCAAGCGGAUACGAAGAUUUAUCCUGUGAAGGCCAAGGGAGAUGCUCUUGCUAUUGCUAAAGCAUUGUACAGAAAAUACUUUGGUUGAAUCAUUUCAAUGGCGUUAAAGAAAUCUGGUGGGCUCAAAAAGAUGAGCAGAGCAGUAAAAACCUGCACAUUUAUUUUAAGGGAUUAUGAUAUCUCUGGGAGCCCUUCUUGUUUGGGGCUUUACAAAGAAACCGUAAGUUGUCGUGUUUCUCUGACUAUUCCAUAUGCAGGCACGGCCGGCCUUGUCCAACUUUGGCAUGAAGAAUUACUCCAUUGUACACUACACAGUUUGUCACAGUUAAAGAUCCAAUAAUCUUCCAUUGAUUUUAAGCUUGAA